UUUACUAGAUUACGUCAUUCCAUGAUGGCUGAAGAUCCUGGCGGGGUUAUUUUCAAUAUCUCUCUCAUUUGUUUUAAUUUUUCCUUAUUCCAGCUUGCCAUAGAGCCAUGGCUGGAUUCGCAGCCACGUUAAGCGUCCACGGAACAUUAGUGACGACAUGCCCAAGAAAGGGAACCGAAAACGGCUGAAAUUUCGGGCUGUGGACGUCUGCUCGGAAUCGGUGACUGUGGCCGAUUAUGCUGAUUCUGAUCCGGCCGUUGUGAAGUCUGGGAGGGUGAAAAAGGCCGUUGCAAAUGCAAUUGAAAAAGAAGUCAAAUUACUCUGUGGCCUGGAAGCAUCUCACGGUGCUGUGGAAGAAGUCCUUUCGUCUGCUGGGAACAUUAAAAUAGAUGGUUUGGACAGCAGCGAUGACCUGGACGCAGAGGAAGGUGCCAUUGGUGAAACUAAAGUAAUCCACAAGAAGAAGAGCAAGAGGAGAAAGGAGAGCCGUGAAAGCAGCGAUGGCCAGGACUAUCCGGUGGAUAUCUGGCUGAUGCUUUCUUCUUAUAUUCGACCUGAAGAUGUAUGCAGAUUCUCACUCAUCUGUAGGAAUGCAUGGAUGGUCACAUGCACCACAGUUUUUUGGACCAGGCUGUACAGAAGACACUACCGGAUGGAUGUUGACCUGCCGUUUUGGCUCCAGCCCGACUGCAUUGACAGGACAUGCAGCCUCAGGGCUCGUGUGAUUCGCUCCCUUUUCCAUUUGUAUGAGCCGUUCAGCUCACGUGUCUCCAAAAUUCCUGCUUUCCCGGAAUCUACCCCCACAUCUUUGCUCAAUUCCAAGUGUUUAUUGUUCUGGAUAAAAAAGAUGACUGGGACUCGACCAGAAGGAUUGUGGGAGUUCAACUUCAAGUUCUUAAAGCAGCAAAACAAGAAGAAUGGCCGCGCCAAGUCUUUGCGCAUGCCCAAGCAGUAUGAAGACGUCCACACCAAUUCGAACACGGACUGUUACAUGCUCCAAGUCUCAACGUUCAACUUCAUUUUCACUCCUGUAGUCAUGGGCAUGACACUUACCCUGUUCACAAUCAAUGUCAGCACGGACAUGCGCCAUCACCGCGUUCGUCUCGUGUUCCAGGACUCGCCGAUCCAAAGAGGAAGGAAAAGAGGCGAUUAUGGCAGCACACAGGUUGUGCUGGAUCCAGUCCACAGUGUGAGGCUUCUGGACUGGUGGCAUCCACAGUACCCUUUGUCACAGUAAAAGGCUUGCACCCAGAAUCUUGAUCGUUAUCUUGCUGUUUGCCCAAGAGAAAUUUGUUCCAAACUCCUUACUACAUACGCUGACUUCUAAAGAGGGAAGUACUUCGAGCAUUUCUGCUCUGGACCAUUUAAGUGAAGUUCACUGUCACUUCAUAGCUAUAUGCUUGCUAAUCAGGCCUCACAAUUUAAGCAUUAAAAAAAUAUGCCUGUUCGUUAAAAAAAUAUUUAGCUGAAUCUGAGUCAAAUGAUUACCGUAUAAUAAUCAGUGAAUUUUUUUGCGAUAUGAUUAUUGGAUGAAAUUGUAAUGUGGCAUUUGACUGGUCAAAUUUUAUUUUCUUAACAGACUUAACUAUCAUUGCAAUUCCUGCCUAUCCUUCCAAUUAAUUUGUCCCUCCUCAUUUUUUUGCAUUUGUUUCACAAGUUACUGCCAUCUGAAUGUGUAUUGAAUGCAGAUUAUUUUCAGCCACAAUUAUGGAUUUUUCUGUCUAACCAAAAUUUGGAUCUUAAAUGAUCUAAUCAGAGACAUACGUGGAAUGCAUUGUGAUAAGUGGCCACUGAGAACAAUUACAUCCGAUAUGACUGGUUGUCUUGUA